AUGGCAAACCCAUACCCUUUCCAAGACAAGGUCAUUGUCGUCUCUGGUGCCAGCCGGGGAACUGGCUUGUCCCUCUCCCGAUACCUUCUCACCCGUGGUGCCAAAGUCUCCAUGGCAGCGACUUCCAAGGAGAACCUGGAGAAGGCUAUUGCUGGUAUUGAGCAGGACAUUCCCGACGUCAAGGACCGUGUUAUCUAUUUCCCUACGGAUGUUACCAAGCCUGAGGAUGUCAAGUUUUGGAUCGAGGGCACGGUUGCCAAAUGGGGAGAAUUGGAUGGAGCUGCUAAUGUGGCAGCCAAAAUGAACAAGAGUAUCCAUCCCAUCGAGGACCUCGACCUGGAAGAGUUGAAAGAGAUGCUUGAUGUUAAUGUUAUCGGCACCUUUAACUGCAUCAAGUACGAGAUGAAGAAUAUGAAGCCUGGUGGCAGUAUUGUCAACUGCGGUAGCCAACAGGUCAAGUACGCCUCAGGUAAUAUGGGAGCAUACGCUGCCUCGAAGAAUGCUAUCCGAGGCUUGAGUCAAAGUGCUGCGUAUGAAGGUGGAGCCAAGUACCCCAAGAAUCCCAUCAGAGUCAAUCUUCUUUGCCCUGGAUGCAUCGAUACAGACAUGAUCAAGCAGCCUCUGCACUUGCCUAACGGUACGACAUGGACCAUGACGGAGGACGACAACCUGACAUCAAUCAUCAAGCGUUACUCUAAGCCCGAAGAAGUGGCAGCUUCUAUCGCCUUUUUGUUGGGAGACGAGAGCAAGUUCAUGACCAAGCAGGAGAUUUAUGUAGAUGGUGGCUGGAUGGAAGCUAAUUAUGUUGCAUAA